AUGCUCUUCUACACGUCAACCUACGUGGGGGAACUCUAUCUGUACGAGAAGGGCUACAACAACCCGCUCAGUCUGCCCGCAGAGGAGCGCCAGCGGCUGCUGGACGAAGGCGUGCGACGCGGAACAACUGCGCUGCUCGCCCACGCCGUCGUCACGCUCGCCGUCGACCUCGUGUUGCCGUGCCUCGUCGACAGGUUCCGGGACAACAAGUGGAUCAACAUGCGCCGGCUAUGGAUUUACUCUCACGUCGUUUUCAUUGUUGCCACGCUUUCGACCUUCUUCAUCACCACCUCCGUCCAGGCCAUCGUGCUAUUUGCCUUCCUGGGCAUCCCGUGGGGCUGUGCCGUGUGGAUCCCGUUUGCCCUGAUCAGCGAGGAGAUUUCCCGCAUCAAGGACAUCAAGGCCGUGCAGAUCUACGACCAGUGCAGAAAACAGACCGCCCCGUCGUCCGCCGACUCCGAAAACACGCUGCUCACGCCGGAAACGAGUUUCUAUCUGUCGAAAGUCAUGGUUGCAAAAUACGACCACGUCGUCUACGACUCGGGCAUCCUGCUGGCAAUCCACAACGUCUUCGUUUCUGCGCCGCAGAUGCUCUCAUCGCUGGGCUCGUCGUUCCUGUUCAAGCUGCUUCAGAGCAGCGACAAGGACUCGUUCGACGACUCCCUCGGCUGGAUUUUCCGCGUUGGCGGCAUCAUCGGGAUCGGCGCGCUGGUUCUUAGCAUCCAGGUGAAAACCAACGCCCAGCUGUACAAGGAGGACAAGGCCGAGGCACUCACAAUGCCCGAGUAA